AUGAAUUGGCUUCGUAUUUGGGUUCUUGCCUUCCUCUCUGCAUCCUGGCCUCCUGGGUUAUAAUCCACCCGCGGCAACCCAUUUCAAUCUGUCCCCCUUCAAAAUCCCUCCAUCAAUAUACCCCCCCGGAAUAGGGAGUAUAAUACUGGGCGAUCAUAUCUUGCGGUCUCUGAUGCCCUCUUGUUCAUACUAGAUCUUGGGGGCCGGCUGCUUGUGGCGUGGAGAACUGCAGCCUUGGGUCAUUUCGGGCAUGGCAUUAAACCCUGAUAAUCUCAGCGCAAGAUUUCCUUCCGUGUCGCAUGGGAGCCAGAACACAUCCAGAUUCCCCAUCACAGUCUACUCCAGUUAGUCAACAAUAGGCCCUUCGCUUUUGUUGCCUCUUGGAGCGCGUGACCGGCUUGAAGAAACUAUGCAUGGAGCCGUCCACCGACAACAUAUCUCAGGAAUCUUCACAGGGCUUGGCAAUGGAGGCCUCAACCGGCGGCACUGCAGACAAGAAACGAAACAAACUCGGAUACCAUAGAACCUCCGUUGCUUGCGUCCACUGCAGACGAAGGAAGAUCCGGUGUUUACUUGCUCCCGAUGACGCCCAAGGACGAUGCGAGAACUGCAUCCGCCUGAAGAAAGAAUGCCAUUUUUACCCAGUGGACCAACAACCACCGGUGGAGAAAAGAAGUCGCGCAGGAUCCAAAGCAGAACCCCCAACGCCGGACGCGUCGAUGGUCACCACUCCCACACUUCUCGGCCGCGGGCCGAUGAUGGAGCAGAAAGAUUCCUAUUUCCCGUAUCCUUCAAUCCCCGUGAACGCGACUCCGGACAUGGCGACCUUCAACCCUGGUACCUACGGGGCCACGACAAUGUCGCCAUACUCACCAGACCCCACCACAGCUCUCAGCUCCGUGCAAUCCUUAGCCCAACCAGCGACAUGGGAUGCUUCUUCCAUUUACGAUCAGCAGGUUUCUAGCGUCCCUCCCCCGCUCCAGGCGAGUUCACCGACAGGUGCCAUUUGGGAUCAAAGUACGCCAAUGACCACUCCUAUUUCUUCUAUCUCUGCAUUGAGUGCUACUGCAAGUCCUACAGGACUCGUUCCACCCAACGUUACAGGAAAUUCCGCGUUUGGCAUCGUGACAGACGCGACAGCCUGGAACCUGCAACCCAGCACCAUGCCCCUCUCAAGUCCUGAGGUUACUGCCCCAGGGUACACGGCCCAGUUACAUGCACCAUUACCUUCGGAGUAUAAGCCUCAUAUUGGAAACCCUGCCCGGAUGUAUUCAGUUCCUAUGAGCGUGCCCGUUUCCGGAAUCCAACCACCGCACAACGUUCCUGUUUCAUAUGACGUUCAGCAGCAGUCUUUGGCCUACAAUACCUGGAGCAACAUGGCUCCUGCAGAUAUUUCUACUUCCAACCAGCCAAUUGUUCCGGGAAUCCCAGAUCCCAUGGCCCCUUGGUACGGAGACAGUGGGGUCCCGUACGCCCACAUGAAGCAAGAUGCGCCGAUUGUGACCAGCCCACUGCAGCCGUUUGACCCUGGCGUUCCACAUCCGAUGCAAAAACCAUAA